AUGCGCGGCGGUCGCCCACGCGCUCGCACCGCGUCCUGCCACCGCUUUCGCGCCAAACUGUUCUCGGUUGUUCGCCGCGUGCCAGUCCUAAACCUAUCCCGCAAAUUCGUCAACAUCAACACUAUGGAAGUCAGACACGCAGAUAAUAAUAUAUUGCCGCCAGAUCAAGUAGCCGAGAACGGUUUCAAUCUUCUCCAGCUCGACCCCUUUCAAGAAAUUGUAAAGCAAGACUCAACGUCGCCCUACACAGCUGCAGAGAAAAAA